AUGAGGCGAGCCGAAGAAGCCGCGAACGUCGUCGACGAGGACGAUCAGCCGCCGAUAAUUCCGCGUUACGAUCCUCCAGCAGCGAUUCAGCAGCAACAAAUUCCGAUUCGACAAGUCUACACCGGUCAACAAGUGAUUCGCGCCGUGCCAUCAGCUGCUGGCAAGGGAAAUGUGAUUUUUCUGAAAAGCAGCGACGGUGGAACGCAAAAAAUGCUUGUCAGACAAGCCGGCAAGCCAGAAUUCUCGAAAAAAGAGGGCUUUGCGCCUGGAACAGUUCUGACAGGUGGCACACGAGUUGUCGCCGUUCGGCAACAGGGUGGACAGCCGAUUCGGCAGAUUUAUACUGGAAAUAGUUUACAAAAUAGCAAUAGUACACGAUUCGUCAGAGUUCAACAGCCACAACAGCAAGUAUUGAGAAGGGUGGUGCCGCAGAGAGCUGUGCAGUUUCAGGAACAACAAUACGUCGAUCCGGAUGGUCAAACUCCUCCCCCUCAGCCUCCUCAACGAUACAUUAUGCAGACGACGUCAGGAGGUCCCCCGAAAAUGCCGCGGACGAUUGUGCCACGUGGCGGAAUGACCAUGCAAAUGGUUCAACAGCAACAGAAUAAUAAUCCACGACGAUUUGUGCCGGCGAGAAACAAGCCGCGGACGGCGAUCACCUAUGGAGACUUUUUGGCGAGUCGUGGUUAUCAGGAUGGAUCGAAAUUCAUGAUGCAAACAAAGCCCACAUUUCUACCAUUCGAAUUCAACGAGGAAGAGGAACGAGAAAUAAAUGAAGCGAUAGCAAGAGAGGAGGAGUGGAUGCGAUUGGAGCCCUUAAUGCCUAUUCUUCAGGAGGAGAAAAAGAUCGGCGGUUUCGACGCGUCGGGCAAUCCAAUUCGGUCGUUUUCCUCAGCAAAUGACCCAAAUCGAGCAGCUCCAUACGUCUCGAAUCUUCUACCGUCGAUUAAUGAUACGCCAGAUGAUAAAGUUAUCAAACAGGUUCUCGACGUGAUGUUCAGCCAAGUUUGCCGUUGGGAUCGCCAGUAUGGAUGGUCGAAAACGCAUAUGAAACGGGCGAGAGCGAAAAAUGAUUCGGAUAAAAUUCACCUCCGAAAAGCGCGUCUAACCCAACGAGAAAUAAUGAUAUCCGAGCACAUGGAACGGCUGAAAAAGGAAAUUAACAAGCGUAGGACGAAAAUGGAAAACGAGGCAGAACAGAUGUGUGGACUGCUGACACCGUGGCGGAAAUCAAGGUCCAGACCGCAUAGAAGUGAGUCUUUUUAA